AUGGACGUGCAGAUGGAGGACAACGGCGGCGCAUCGCACGAGGAGAAGUUCCGCGUGUACAACGAGGCGCUGGUACACGCGGCUACGUGUCCCGAGUCCAAGUGUGAGGCGCUCAACGGACGUUGCCACAAGGUCAAGGUCAGUAUCGACCACUUCGUGCGAUGCUAUGGUGCUCGCCGCAAAUAUUCCCCCAUUGAGAGCUGCGAGAUGUGCUCCAAAAUCUGGGGCCUGCUUUGCUUCCACGCCAAGACGUGUCAAACGCCACUAGGCCAGCACUGCGCCGUCUCGCAGUGCGAUUAUCUACGCGACAAGAUUGCACGCAAGCGAGAGAGCGAUAGACGCGAGCUGCAGGAGGCCAAAGCCAAGAUACAGGACAAGUUCGAGGAGUGGCCCGUGGAGCGACGCAUAGCGCAGGUGGAGGCCGACAGGCAGCAGGUGAUGCAGCUCAUAGCCGAUAUCCGCGCGGGGAAGACGCGCCAACCGCAGAUGGUACAAGCUCAGCAGCAACCCAUGAUGUCCAUGAGUUGA